AUGUCUGACGGAAAAUACGGCAAGUAUAUUCUAUUUGUGGAUGGAAGCUACUGGUUCUACGCCCCCAACAAGGGCGCGGCUAUCUUCUUCUGCAUCGCUUUCUGCGCUUCAGGAUGCGUCCAUGCAUGGCAGUCUUUCCAUUAUAAGUGCUGGAUAUUGACACCUCUGUUCUCCUUUUGUUGCCUCCUCUUCACAGCCGGCUUUGCCCUCCGCGAGUAUGGAGCGUUCCACUAUGACAACCUCAACAUCUUCAUCGCCAGCAUUUGUAUCACAUACGCUGCCCCACCGCUCUUGGAGCUGCAGAACUACCACAUCCUUGGCCGCAUCUUGUACUACGUUCCCUACCAUUCACCGAUUCACCCUGGACGAGUCCUGACUACCUUUGGCUUCGUUUCUGCAAUCAUUGAAAGUCUUAAUGGAUGGGGUGCUUCUUAUUCGGCCAACCAGUCAUUGUCUGACAAGGCGAUCGAAACGGGUCACGCGCUCAUCAAGGCAUCGCUGCUUUUGCAAGUCAUCGUCUUGGUGCUUUUUGUCGUUCUAGCGACAGCAUUUCACCACCGAUGUAUCUCAAAUGGCGUGAGAAACGACCGGCUCCAAAGUUCGCUCAUCACGCUCUACAUAAGCACAACGUUGAUCCUAGCACGAACCAUCUACCGUAUUAUCGAGUACUUCAGCGUGGCAGAGCUCCGAUACGGCCCUGGCUUUGACCCCUCGACAAUAAACCCCGUUGUCCGAUACGAGUGGUUCUUCUACGUGUUCGAGGCAGCUGUGAUGCUGAUCAACACCGUCAUGUUUAAUGUGCGGCACCCACGACGAUAUCUCCCCAAAAGCAACAAGAUCUACCUUGCCCCAGAUGGAGUUACUGAGGUGGAAGGGCCCGGGUUCAAGGACCCCAGGCCAUUUUGGCAGACGCUGAUUGACCCAUUCGACAUCAUUGGGCUGACGACAGGCAAGGGUAGGACGACGGAGAGGUUCUGGGAGACGAGCGAUGAUACGACGACGAGGGACACCGGUAGAACCAAGUCAGAUGUUGAAACUGUCUAG